AUGUAUGAUUCUGCGAGAUACAUCAGGGAGUGUAAUAACUUCAAAAACCAGUUACAAGCUCAGCUUGUUAAUAUUCAAAACUUUCCACGUACAGGAGCUGAAGGGCUUGUUGCAUUCACGAGAACCCAGAAUGAACUCAUCACUAAGGCAGAAGUUAUCAGCCGAUUUAAUGAUUCGUUGGACUUGCGUGUUCGUGUAAACCCACGUGUCCAGGAGAAAUACGGGCAGUUGCAUUUUCAGCAGAUUUGUCGUACAAUCAGGUUGGAGCUGACCGAGCUGCGUGAUGUGAAUGUGUUGGACAAUGUCCACAGUGCACAAAGACAGAAGCUCGCUACCGCCAUCGAAGAUAUUCUGGCUACUUUGCCUUUUUAG